AUGGAAAAAACAUCUGCAUUACCUCCAAAUAGAUCCAUUAGUUUGCCUUCUAGAUUACAUCCCACUUCUCUUCGGGCUGAGGCUGAGCUAAACAAGUUACGAGUGUGGGAAGCAAGAUUGUCUUCUUCAUCCGAAACCCUAACAGCCAAAAACAUUCAAACCGGCCUAGUUGGUUUAUCGGAGGUGUAUAGAUGCGUGGAGGAACUCGUUUACUCUUCCCUCACACAACAAGCUCUUCUUAGCCAUGGGAAAGUAUUAGAGCAUGCGUUAGAUCAUUCAGUUAAACUGCUUGACACAUGUGGGGUAGUUAGGGACGCUCAACGGAAGAUGAAGGAACACGCCCUACGACUUCAGUCGAGUCUCCGUAGAAGAGGUACAGAAUCUAGGUUUGAAGAUGACCUUUCUUCUUACAUCAGGUUGAGAAAGAAGUUGAAGAAAGAGGCAUCAAAGUGCAUUAGAUCAUUGAAAGGUGCAGAAAGGAAGUUUACCCUUGUACCCUUAUCAAAAGAUUACCAUCUAGCAAUGGUAGUGAAGGUGCUUAGAGAAGUGAAUUUGAUGACGUCGCUUGUUUUACGGUCUCUCUUGUUGUUCUUAUCAUCACAAGGGACUGCUAUCAAGAACAGGCAUGGCAGGUGCUCGUUUAUCGCAAAACUGAAGCCAAAGGAGAAGGUAAAGAAGAUCAUAAAUGAGAUGAAUGAGGUGGGGAGUGUUGACGAUGCCCUCUACCAUGUUCUACAUGGCACGGAGGAAAUACCAAUGGCACAUAGAAAGUUAGAAAAUCUUGUAAUUAGUAUAGAUUGUAUAGAGGCAGGACUAGAUGUGGUUUUUAGACGAUUGAUUCAAUAUCGAGUCUCAAUCCUUAAUGUACUCACUAAAUGA